CAUGAAUAUUACGCAGUAAAUUUUGAAGAGUUACAGUGUUCACAUUCAGUUUAAAAUAUUCUCAGAAAGUGGUGUCAAUAAAACUUCUCCGUACAUCUCAUCAGCAAUCAGCAUCUGUGAAGUUGUGAUUUAAAAUGGCCAAAAUUCCGAUGGGGUCUAUCGUCGCCAUCUUUUUGGCAUUUCCUGUUUGUUGUAAUUCCAAAUCAGCGAGUCCUGUCGUUUCUUCCUCUUGGGCGAAACUAGAAAUUUCACCGGAUACGACCACCAUGGAGUUUGGUAAUUUUCUCGUUGAAAUUUAUGAACACUCCAAUAAUCACAAGGCAACGACGACAACCAGCCAGAAAAAAUAUUUUUACUCUCCCAUUGCUCUAUUGGACUAUAGAAAUGCCAUAAGUAGAUUGAACAAAGUAACGAAUAAACCAGAGAUGAGAUUUAGCAUUGAAAUGUGGAACGACAAAGUUCAAAAUGAAGUUGUGAAACAUUUGAGAAAAAUCGUGGGGAAAGAAAUACAAUCCGAUAAAGUGAGAGUCAUUCCAUUCGAGAAGGUCAUUCUCAAGAGCAACAUACCCACAUCAGAUUAUUCGCUAUCGCCAGUGUGGACGAAUUAUGACAAGAGCAAGACCCUGUGGUUUCAUCUGUUUUGUGAUGACCGAAAAGUCUGCGACAAACUGGCCAAUGAAAUGCGUUCAGAUCCCACUCAAUUCCACCACUUUAAACUCCUCUACAGUUUGUCAUCGCAGACGUCGCAAACCAAACAGACGACCAUCAGCAUCGGCAGCGUCACUUCCGGUCAAAUGGUCACUUCUCUUUUACAGAAAUUUGGAGACAAAAAGGACAUUUUUCUGACGGCCAGCGACGAAAAGAAAAUGUUGACGGAAAUGGCCACCAACAUCCGAAUGGACACAUUUGACGACUCCGAGGUCGGGUCUCCGGACACGGAGUCUCAAAUUUUAAAUAUUUUAACGGAGCUGCUGGCCGUUUCCAGGACGGCCAUAAAAGAACAAAGCGACAAAAUGUGGGACUCCGUUUUCUGGAAUGAGGACAAUUACCGGCCGGACAAAACGACGAAAACUUUAAAUGAAAUCAUCAACAAACUGGACAAGGAAACUCAAAAGAAACUGGCGGAUCUGUUUCAGAAAGCGGAGAGGCAGUCGGAAGGAACAGAAAAAUCAACUUCGAGUAAUAAAGACGCGGAGAAAAGACGAGAGGAACAAACUCGUCGCGAAAAUCAAUCGAAAGAUACAAAUGAAAAGGAAAUGAGAAGAUCACAAGCAACGGAUCGAGCGCAAUCCAGUCGCAAUCAAACUCGCAAUGACAAAUCGAAUACAAACAAACUUGACACGGAAGUAAGUGGCGGUGGGUUCGGCGUUAGUAUUGGCGCUAGAUUCGGAGUAGAAAAUAGCAACACGCACAAUACCGAUCAACAAAACGAAAAGAGUGAAAACGCAAAGAAAAGUUUGGAUGAACAUAAUAGAAAUUUAGAGAAUAAAGAAAGAAUCCAGCACAAUUACGACUCAAACAAUUGGGCUGACGUUGAUAGAAUCAGUUCAACAAUUUCAGGGAAAAUGGCAAAAGAUUCUGAUAGUUCACGGCGGAUCGAAAUUUCAAAAGAAGACAUGGAGAAAUUAUUACAGGAAAGUAGAGACCAUGUCCAAUGGGAUGGAGAGAAAUUCGUGCCCAAACCCAUGCAACUGAGCAGAAUCAAUUUGAGCAAAUUUCGCGACUCUCAAUUGUUUCAGGAUCGCAACGUUCGUGUCCGUUACACGACCGCUGAACUGUCGGCUCCAAUCAAAUUUAUGGAUCAUGCGGGAUUGACCGUCACUGACGAAUGGAAAAAUUUAAAGGAUGAACUCAGAGACACUAGAGAACUCUUAAAAACAACUGUAAUGAACUUGGCGAAAACAAAUACCGAACUGGGUAAUGUCAAGCGAAAUUUAACUAACACGAAAAUCGAUUUGACCAAUAAAUUAGAAGGGACCAAACAGGAGUUGGGGAAAACUAAAACCGAAACGGAAAAAACGAACGCCUAUCUCAGGAAAGCUGUCGCUGAUUUAUCAAAAAAAUUAAAUGGGAGCCAGCAGGAACUGGCGAAAAUCAAAACGGAGUUGGAAAAAGAAGAGAAUAAAGAAGAAUUUAUGAAAACGAGAAAAAUCGUCGACGACUUAUCAACAAAAUUAAAUGUGAAUUUGCAACGAUUGGGUUACGAACUAAAAACCGUCGAGGAAAAUCUAAGAAAAGAACUAAAUGCAAUUUUAAAUAAUUUGGAAACAACAACAACAAAUUUGGCCUCAGCGAGAACGGAAUUCAGCAACACCAAGUCCGAAGUUUCGAAUUUGACGACCAAAUUAAAUGCCCGAACGAGUGAAAUAGUCGACAUUGGUAAAAUGCCAACCUCCUGUUGGGAUCUGGAGCGAAUGGGACAAAAAGUCAACGGAUUCUUUUCUGUAAAAGGAGCGAAGAAGAUGGAAACCGUUUACUGUGACUUUUAUCCUAAUGGAAAUGACAAACAGAAAUGGAUCGGAUACGCCGACAUCAAAUCAGCGCCCGUCCAUUUCUACGUCCAGAGAAAAAAUCAUUUCAACACAAUUGGAACUCCUAUUCCGUUCGAAGUGGCGCUGGUAAACGAGGGAAACGCCAUGAAUUUGACAUCGGGGAAAUUCACGGCACCGCGACCGGGAAUUUAUUUCUUCUCUUUCACAGGAAUAGCGGAGUUUCCAGAGAAAUCUUUGUAUUCUUUUUUAAAGCUUUCUUUUUAUUUGAAUGGUAAUAAUAGCAUUGGGAACCUUUGGAUUGAAGAGAGCACCCAGAGUUAUCAACGAAGUCCUGGUUCCCUCCAGUUUACGCUCAGCAUGAAAGCGGGGGAUCAAGUUUGGGUGGCAAUUAUAGAGCUGACAGACAGAGUUUACCUGUAUGGAAAUAAGGGCACCUUUACACAUUUCACUGGUUUCAUGUUGGAGGAGGAAAUUGCCGCCUCUCUUUGAGAUUUUAUGUUCAUUAUCCGAAAUGCACGAAAUGGUAAUCGACUGACAUUCGACACACAAAUGAAUUCUUUUUGCAUUUUUGGAGAUGCAAAUGUCGACAAACCUAAUGCACGGGAAAAUGAUGUCUUUAUCUACAAAAAUGUAGAGUUUAAAUGCCACAAUUAAAAAAUACCAUAUACAUCA